AUGUCUCAGUGCGCUGAUCGAAUGCGUUUUCAACAAUGGGAUUGUACCAACGUUGGGCACAUAAUGCAUGAUCCACCGAUACUAAAAUACGAAUCGGCGCUUAUCUGGGCGCUAUCGUCGGCGGGUGCCGCGUGGGGAGUGGCAACAGCGUGUGCUCAAGGUUGGAUCGACGACUGUUCUUGUGUUCACGAUGGACAACCUGGUUGGGAGUACGGCGGUUGCUCGUACCGGACAACAUGUGAUCACAAGCUAGUUCGUAACUUCCUCACCAGAACGCCGAUUGUCCGAUCGCCGUUGAGAAGUGUGGAGAAGCACAACCUCAAAGCGGGACGUCUUGUGAGCUGUGAAAAGACUCUGAUUGCUUCUUGUAAAUGCCAUGGGGUGUCAGGAUCAUGCCAACAGAAGACCUGCUGGAAGAAGACGGCCACUCUUGAUCAUAUCGCUGAUUACUUGGUUGAGAAAUAUGCUCGUUCAAAAAUGCUGUCACCUGACCACAAGGCGAAAAACGCUGACCUCGUAUUCAUCGAACCAUCACCGGAUCCAUGUUUACAACUGACAGCCGGACGAGUGUGCGCAUGGCGAAACGAGACGCAUACACAAGGCGAUUGUUCACGAUUAUGUUGCGGAAAAGGAUUCAAGAUCACACACGAAGUUCUUCAUUACAAAUGUGAUUGUAAAUUUGUAUGGUGUUGUAAGUUGAUAUGCAAGGAUUGUCUACAACAUCGGUGGGUGUCGACAUGCAACUGA